UCGUGUCACGCACGAAAUAUCAAAUGGAAUAUUUUGGAGUUGGCUUUUAUGAUCCAUUCCAGAAUUUGUAAAUAUCUCGUUGUUGCCUGAAAAAUACGUAAUGAUCGGAAGGUUAGCUUUCUGGCGGAGAGAUGGUGCUCAAGCUUCAAGAACCGAAGACUGUCUGUCAUGUCGUUUGGUGAGUGGAAGUGGUUUUCUCGGCAUCGGAACGUUUCUGCUGGCGCAAUCGAAGAAGCGACCACAGCCGCUGGAGAAUUACACCAUGAAAGGCUUGGCGGCAGCCGCUGGAAUUUUGGGCCUGGCGCUGCUGGCAGACGCGAGUUUCCUGAAACCAACCGUGGCAGAACCUAAGGAGGAGCCAAUUAAGACAGUUAAAGCAGCCAAGGAUCACGACUUCUUUGCAAGACGUUAGGGGGCGAAAUGUUCUAUUUUUAAAUUUGGGAAAUACUUGUUAAAUUAAAAAAAAUUUAUAUUAUAUCCGUCCUUUUUUUUUUUUUUUUUUUUUUUUGAAAAAAAAAUAAUGAAAUUUUAUUUGACUAGUGCACUGUUACCUAGAUAUUUGGCAACUAAACCUAAUUGGAAGUUAAUUCUA